UGGUCAGCAUAUCUCUUUCUAGCUCUUAUAGCUGCGUCCUUAAUCGACGUAUUGCGGACCGCCUUUCACUCGAUCGAACAGGCCUCGGAACGGACCAAGAUCGCGGUCUGGUACACCCGUCUAUACGAGCUUAUACACUUCGAAAAAAAAACAAUGAUUGGUAGCAUUGGCUAUAUGCUGUCAUCUGUCACUGUCAAAGUCAUUAUCAAAAGUCUAGCUGUCCAUAGAGGUUAUGCUCUGAUGCUGUCAUAAUAUGGUUUUCCAAGUCUUUCUAUCAAAAUCGAUUGCUAAAAACAAAAACAACAAGCCAUUAUAGUGUAAUAUGCUGAAAGCUUUCAACAGGAAAUCUUUCCUUGCGCUUUAUUUAUCCGUUCUGCGUCCUUGUUUUGUUAUGGCGGAGGCUAAUUUGGCUACAUCUGCAGUAUGCAGCAGUGGCAGUGCCGAUGCAGACAAAUACUCUGUGGCUUAUGUCACAGUACCAAACAAUGAGGUAGCAAAGACCCUGGCUCACGGGCUAGUGAAGCAGCAACUCGCAGCCUGUGUCAACAUCAUCCCUCAAGUUACCUCGGUGUACAUGUGGAAAGGAGAGAUUAAUGAGGAUAGUGAGUUGCUACUAAUGAUCAAGACAAGAACAUCUCAAGUAGACCAGCUGACAACUUAUGUGCGCUCCAACCACCCAUAUGAGGUGUGUGAAGUUAUAUCCUUACCUAUUAAGAAUGGAAACCCACCAUAUCUCAAGUGGAUUGGGGAGACAGUGCCAGAAACUGAAACUAAGGUCUGUCAGAAGAAAUAAUUAAAUUAGUGUUAAGUAUACUAGUUUUUGUUAUAAUUUCUCGUAUUGUACAAGUUUAUGUAAUAGUUUUGUACAUUUAGUUGAUAACUAAGAACACCUAUGAAUAAAAAAAUAAAAAAAUACUGAGCAUUUAUUUGGUAUGUUGUUGUAGUUACUCAUGUAAGUAAUGUAAUGUUGUUUGUUGACAACAUAGUAAAAUGAUUUGAACAUAGUAAAUGUAUGUAAGCUCGAACCUGGAAUGACUGCCCUAAAUACAACAAACAAUAAUAAUA